UUUCCUUAGUUAUACUAGGAAUUCUUAACCUUCUACCCCACCCCUUCCGUCAGAUUUCGCAUUAACCCUGGCCCCUCACCUCUGUUUUCAGAGUUUAAAUCCUAUCGGAUGAAGGAGAAAGGAGGCAUUUGAAGAAAACGCUUAAGGAAAGAAAAGGCAAAGACUUUUAUCAACACAGAUGAACACAAGAUUUAAUUCUUGAUAAAAAGAAAUCAUCCAGUACUUCAAGUCUAACUGAAGUUUCAUUAACAGGAGACUAGUUGUUGUUUCAUGACUUUAUUCAUUAAUAAUAUGAAAAUUGCUGUCGUCACUGAAAGAUCUGCUGAAUCAUCAUAUUAAAUAUAGUGCAUCUUUGAAAGUUAUCCUUCCCAUUUGAUCUACUGACUUCAUAAUGUCUGAAAUCAGAUUCAGCAAUCUCACUUGGGAGCAAGUUAUAACACUGGAUCACGUGUUAGAGGAAGUAAUUCCAAUUCAUGGACGGGGAAAUUUCCCCACACUGGAGGUAAAACCAAAAGAUAUCAUUCAUAUUGUGAAAGAUCAACUCAUAGAGCAAGGAAUUAUUGUUAAAGAUACCAGAUUGAAUGGUUCCACAGCAAGUUACAUACUUGCAAGCCAUAAUGGAAUCAUCUAUAAAGAUCUGGACAUAAUUUUUGGUGUUGAACUUCCAAGUGAUCAGGAAUUUCAGGUAGUUAAGGAUUCAGUUCUAGGUUGUCUACUUGACUUUUUACCAAAAGGUGUAAAAAAGGAAAAGAUUACCCUAAAGACAAUGAAAGAGGCUUAUGUGCAGAAGAUGGUCAAAGUUUGCAAUAAGCAUGAUCGUUGGAGUCUCAUCUCUCUUUCAAAUAACACUGGGAAGAAUGUAGAAUUAAAAUUUGUGAAUUCACUCAGACGACAAUUCGAAUUUAGUGUAGAUUCCUUUCAAAUCCUUUUGGAUCCCAUGCUAGACUUCUACAGCAACAAAAGUGCUAAGCUAGCCAAAGAAUUCUAUCCUGUUGUUGUAGCUGAAAGUAUGUAUGGAGACUUCCAAGAAGCAAUGAUACAUUUGAAAUACAAGCUGAUAUCUACCAGGAAACCUGAAGAGAUUAGAGGUGGUGGCCUUUUGAAAUAUAGUAACUUGCUGGUUCGUGACUUCAAGCCAGCUUGUGAAGCAGAAAUCAAGACCCUGGAACGUUAUAUGUGUUCUAGAUUCUUCAUUGAUUUUCCUGAUGUAGGAGAACAACAAAAGAAAAUUGAAUCAUACCUCCGCAACCAUUUCAUAGGUGAAGAAAAGAGCAAAUAUGACUACCUUAUGACCUUGCGUGGAGUUGUGAACCAAAGCACUGUUUGUCUAAUGGGACAUGAAAGAAGACAGACUCUCAACAUGAUCACCCUUAUGGCUUUAAAAGUACUUGGAGAACAGAAUAUUCUACCCAAUACAGACAAUGUAACUUGCUUUUAUCAACCUGCUCCAUACUUAGUUGCUGAGGGAGGGUAUCCUGUUUAUUAUGUAACAUCUGGGCCACCACCCAUUUUCUUCCAGCCAUAUCAUGCAUUGCACUUUCAUGUGCCAAAUGGUAUGGUUUAAGAAAUGCAGAUACAAUAGAAACUUUGCUUUAACUGAAUACCUCUUAAAAGCAAAGUUUCUGAAGUCUACAAAAUUCACAAGAUCUGGUUUUAUUUUUUGUGCCAUUACCAACAAAUUUCCAUCAAUUACUGUUUAUACCACCAUAGUAAACACAAUGUCAUCUGUGAACUGACAGCUUUAAAUGCUUUUUGAAUGUUAUUGACUGGUUUUAACUUUCAAAUGUUAUGGACCAAUUGAAAUGAUUUUCAGAUCUUGCUGAGGACUUAAGACUUUCAAAUUUGCUGUGACAAAUACAUUUGAGAUGCCUGCAUCUUUGACUAAAAUGUAAGAACACCGCUCAAGUUUUAAUUCUGAGGUACAGUGAAGACAAGUGUCAAAUUUUUGUAUUCAAUCAAUUAUUUUAUUAUACUCCAUUUUUUUCUAGUGAGUAAUACCAUCGAUGAAUUCUCAGUACUUAAUAGAAAUGUGUAAAUUUAAAGACAACAGAUUCAGAAGAUAUUAAAGCCCUGGACUUUGUAAGCAUUUAUUUUGUUUCCCAAUUAAAUUAGUUUGGGUUCAAACUCUGGCUUUAGUUUGAAAAAACACUGGAAAAAUGGUUCUGAAAAUAUUGGAAUUAGUAAAUUAUCAUUUAAAAACAAGAUACUUAACCAAUUUGUUGUUUAGAAAAAUAAUACCGCCCAGGUGUACAGUCAGUGCUGUGACUGGUUAUGCAGGAUUCAUUCUCUUUAUUUUUUCCUGAAAUAACUUGAAAAGAAUGAAAUUCUCUGAAUGUUAAACCUUUCUGUCAUCAUCUGUUAAAACAAAAUUCUGAAUGGCAAAAAGGAGAAAAAAAAAGUGGCAGCGGUUUUUACCGGUGUCAUUUACAAUUUGCCCAACAUCUUAAUAUAUCUGGAAACAUUCACUUUUAGUAAGUGAAAGUUUUUUUCUUUAUCACUCAAUGAAGCAUUUUCUUCAUUAUAACAUUACCUAAGGUUUCUAAUAUGCCACUCAAGUGCCUCCUAGGGUUAGACUUUACAUAACACUGUAAUUUAUUCAGUGAUUGCAUAUGUUUACAAUAUAUCUGAAUAUCUACUCAUUUUGUAUCAGAUAUUACUAGCAAAUCUGCCAGUGGGGAUUCAAAAUGAAUAUCCUUUACAUAAUGAAAAUGACCCCAUGGCCAGUAUUAUUUGGAUUAUAGAAGGGGAACUGACAUGAAAGUAUCAUUAAGACCAUCAGAAAACUUCUAUAUUUUUACUUGCUUCUAAUUCUGAAUUUUUUCUGAGUUUUCAUCUCAGUUUUUAUUGACCAUCAAAAGUUUAUACAUCACAAGUCCUAACAGUUAUAUUCUGAGAAUUUGUCAAUGAUAGACUAUUUUAACCUGUCUUCUCUGUAUUACAAUACAGAACACAAGAAGUACACCUUAUAUGGCAUUUUCAAAUAAUAUUCAAUAUUUCUGACAUUUUAUACCAGAGCAAUAUAUUUUUAAAUAAUUGUAUUAUGUCAUCACAGAACCCUGAGGCUUUAAAACAAAUGGACUUUUUCCCUUUUGGGACAAAUAAAGAAUUUAUAAAUAAUACAUUAAAAAGAAAAUUCAGCAAUCUAUACUUUGUAUUGACUAAAGACGAUUGAUCAUUCUUUCCCAAAUAUACUCUUUACUUUGAAGUUAGUAGAAAUGCAUGUACAUAAGACUAAAGGUAUUUAUCAGUAACAAAAUAUAAUUCUAAAAUAUAUAGAAAAAUGUUUAAGAAUAAAAAAACUAUGUUAAUGAUGUCAAUGGUGAAGGUUCAGUAUUUUCCAAAGUGACGUUUUAUAAUGAAUAAUAGAAUUCUUAUGAUGUUUAGAAACAUCCCUGUGUGCUCCUAUAACUGCCUUUAGUCUUACUGGGAAUUAAGACUCUUGUCUUCCUUAAAAAGUGAUUUCUUCAUGGUAUUUGCUAAAACUUUAAAUCAUAAUGGAAGAAUAGUCUGAUAUCUUUAUUUUUUCUCCUAACACAUCAAGCAUGUAUUUCUCUUGGGGAGAAAAGUUCAAAACUGUUAUGUAAGAUUUUCUCAAGAGAGAAUCUUAACAUAUUGAAUGGGAAUGACAUAACAGAAGAGAAAGCUCUGGAUUUAUUUCUCAUGACUUUUGUUUAUAGAUACUAUCAUUAAAUUAGGCUUUCCUUUGUCCCUAACUAACCAGAAAAAAAUAAAUUAUUUAUCUUCAAUUGUA